CGCUGUUCAACCAAACAUAAUUUGCCCGGUAAAUGCGACUGCCUGCGGGAAGUCAACUUCGUCGACGGGCCAAUGCAAUGGCCGAAGUUGGAGGCGGCGGGCGAAGAUGCCGUCUGGAAGCUGCCCAAAAAAAUGUCCAGUUCUUGGUCUGAUAAUAGGCACAGAAGGGGCGGCAACUAUGCUUCAGAGAUCAUACCACCAUCCAUCAACACCGCUGUAUAGCGGGGAUCAAUAUCUGUUCUAUGAAAUGGCAAGGUCUGAUCAAGCCAAACUCUUAAAGGCAUUGGAUGUAUAUUUUGGUGAUAUACCAAAUGACAUUUACGCGCUUAUUCGUACUCUAUUUAUAGGUCUAGAAUAUCUAACAAUUCGUGGAUCAUUCGGUGGGUUCGUUGGGCCGCUCUGGAUUGACACAAACAAUUCCUAUUGGGGAGCCUAUUCUAACCUUACCAGACUGCAGCUGAUCGAUUGUUCAAACGUUUAUACGCUUACUAUUCCAGCCUUCAUUCGUCACUUCCCUUCUCUAGAGUACCUCCUGAUAUCCGCUUGCCCAUAUCCCUGGAGGACAGAACAUGGACGAGCGAAGGGAUGGAGCUCACUAUCAGAUGGAUGGUGGAAUAUAAGAAAACCACUCAAAGCGAUGCAUAUCGAGUGCAUGCUAAAGUGGCA